AUACAACAGAGUGUACCAGGGGACGAGGAAAGGCGUCGCACACAUGUAAGAGCCGAGAUGUAUUUACAGGUCCAUGGUAUUUACAGUAUGUACAUGUUGACAUAAGAACUAUCGAAGGUCGUCCAUGAGUCAAGGGAUGUCUGAGCAAUCGCCUCCCAAGGACCUGUAUGCAGUGUUGGGAGCCGAGCCCUCGGACUCACCACAACAAUUAAAAGAUAGAUACAAGCAGCUUGCCUUGAAGCACCACCCGGACCGUCUGCGAGGGCUGUGUGCCUCGGCGGCGGAGGCCUCCCUGAAGAGGUUCCUGGAAGCAGAACAGGCCUGGAGGAUCCUUGGAAACCAGGAGGCCAGGAGUCAAUAUGACCUGCACAGAAAAGACAUUGAUUUGCAACAGGCCUGGCCAGUGGAUUCCAUGAUUUCUCAAGACGACAUGAUAUUUAAUCCAGAUGACAAAUCAUAUACAUAUGCGUGUCGCUGUGGCGGUGAGUUCCUCCUCCCAGAAGAGGAGCUGAGUGAUGAGAUGGCAUCGAAACAAGGGAUUCAAGGAGCAGAGGUGUGCUGUGAUACCUGCUCGCUGAGUGUAUGUGUCACAAAGUCCUGAUAGUGGAGGGCCAGCAACAGGCAGUGAACAAUUCUGAAUGACCAACUUGCCUGUUGAAGGCCAACACAAAAUCAGUGCAACUGUUUCCAAACCUACCAUGUGCAAAGUGGUCCUGAUUCAGUUUUGGCUGUUGAUGACUAUAACAGUAUGCAACUGUGUUGUUUUAUCGCCAAAUCUCUAAAUUGGAUGAAAAGGAAAUUUGGUUUUACUGAAUAAUAUCUUCGACAUACAUGUUAUGAACAAACACUCGUAGAAAUUGUAACGCACUUCUUAGAAGUUUGUUCCACUGCUGUUAUCAUUGCAGAAAAGUCGCCUUGUCAGCCAAACGUAGUUCUACCAUGAAGCUGUGUCUGUUCCCACCAUCGUUCUCAGUGUAAGGCCUAAGGCAGGCAGGCUGGGAGUCACCACAUCUAACCUGGACAUCACCACACAGGCUUUGUUUACUUUACGCCUCACCGGAGGACACAUAUCCGGUUAAAUGUGCAUGUGUAAUGAGCUGGUAAAUGAUGAUGAUGUUAUUGCAUGCUGCUGUGCUAGGCUGCAGCGCAGUGUUGCUCCCACAGCACACGGCCCUUUCUGCCACGGCCCUCGGGUUUACAACUAGUUCUGUGUUUGUUAGUCUGUAAUAAAAGAAAAUAACGCAACAUCCAUCCCUACAGGGUGUCUGUCGGUCAUCGUGCACCCCCAAGUGUUUGAUUGGUCACCCUGUUUUUUCUAGACAUUUUUUUGCAUCCUCGUGUGAGAUGAUGGUGAAAUGAUCUGAUGUCUUAUUAUGGUGUGUUCCUGAAUCCUCAGACGCCAGCCUUCCGAGUUGCACUUUUGACGUCAUUUUUGGUCUCGGAGCAUUUAUAGCGUUUCUGUUCGUCUUUGUGUUUGUGUCAUGAAAUUGGCUAGUCGUUGUUUAAUGUUAGCUACAUAAGCCCCAUUAGCAAACCAGCCCGAAAACAAACAACACAACUUUACAUUGUAUUGCACGCACAGCAAGACCGUGCAAUGCAUAAAUUGGUGACCGGAAUAAAGUACCAAUGUCAUUGUCGACAUUAAAAUGACCAACGUGGUACAAAUGCAAAGAAAAUAAAUGUCUUCACGGGCGCAGCCAUUUUGUUGAGUGUCAUCACUGCUCUCGGUCUACGCUCAGAAUUCCGAAAGAUGAAGACAAAAAGGGGGCGUGCCUCCGAGAAAUGCAGCAAGAAAGCUGGGAGAUCUUCGACUAUCGCCUCGGAAGGCUGGCGUCCGAAUAUUGAGGAACGCACCAUUAUUGCUGUAUUUGCUGUGUUUCUUUUGAUCAUUUGUCACCAAGUGCCGUGACCAAAAAAGAUAUUGUCAUGCACGCAAACCCAGGCCUUACAUGUAUUAUAUGUUAUUUCCUGCUCUUGUUAAUACAGAUUGAAGCUAAUUUCUGUGAA